GAAAGAGAAACAGAAGGGGGAAGGUGCCCUGGCUGGGCUACUAUCCGGGAAGGUCCAAGCCCUAACAAGGCCCCCCAGGACAAGCGGGGGCGCCCCGCCCCCCAGGCGCCCGACGUGGACGCGGCCGCUAUCGCCGCCGCCGCCGCCACCAUCGCCACCGCCACCGCCGCCGCCGCCGCCGCGCGGGAGUCGCUGUCCGCGGAGCCGAUAUGCAGGCGGCGCGGGGCGGCGCGGGGCGGCCGGACCGGGAGGGCCGCGGGCCGGAGCGUGAGUGCGAGCGGUCACCGGGCGCAGGAGCCGCCAUGCCCCCAGGGCCGUGCGCCUGGCCGCCCCGCGCCGCGCUCCGCCUGUGGCUGGGCUGCGUCUGCUUCGCGCUGGUGCAGGCGGACAGCCCCUCGGCCCCUGUGAACGUAACGGUCAGGCACCUCAAGGCCAAUUCUGCAGUGGUCAGCUGGGAUGUGCUGGAGGAUGAGGUCGUCAUCGGCUUUGCCAUCUCUCAGCAGAAGAAGGACGUGCGGAUGCUCCGCUUCAUUCAGGAGGUGAACACCACCACCCGAUCCUGCGCCCUCUGGGACCUGGAGGAGGACACGGAGUACAUCGUCCAUGUGCAGGCCAUCUCCAUUCAGGGACAGAGCCCAGCCAGUGAGCCUGUGCUCUUCAAGACCCCACGCGAGGCCGAAAAGAUGGCCUCGAAGAACAAAGAUGAGGUGACCAUGAAGGAGAUGGGCAGGAACCAGCAGCUGCGAACAGGCGAGGUGCUGAUCAUCGUCGUGGUCCUCUUCAUGUGGGCGGGUGUUAUAGCUCUCUUCUGCCGCCAGUAUGACAUCAUCAAGGACAAUGAGCCCAAUAACAACAAGGAGAAAACCAAGAGUGCAUCAGAAACCAGCACACCAGAGCACCAGGGCGGGGGUCUCCUCCGCAGCAAGAUAUGAUACCUUUUCAGUGCUUGCUCUGAGCAGCUCAGAAGACAGUAGAGAAUGUGAGAGGACCUCACUGUUUUGACGAUGAUUGUCCAACACACAUCUGACCCUCUCUGCGUCUCCUCCCACCACACAUCUGGCCCUCUCUGCAUCUUCUCCAACCUCCAUCUUCUUGUAUCAUCGGGCUUGCUAACUUCUCUCUCGGCUUCUCUCUUUCUGAUGUCGGUUCCUGAAGCCUCCUCUAAUUAACCCCUAACUCCAGGAGCACCUCAAUAAUGUCCGUGGCUGAGACUACACGCAGAGACAGAGCCGCAGAAUGAGAGACCCAGCCGGAGGGAUGUCAUUGCUGGGGGAAGACUGGAUGUGAGGGUUCUUGGCACAGGACUCACUCUGGGCCACUCAGCUUGACCAAAGGCUGCGUGUGAAAGGGGAGAAAGGCAAGACUUCCAGGCAGGGCUAUUUUAUUUUUUUUCUGUGAGGGACAAGAGCCUGGCUUUUAGGCUGCAGCCCCGCUGUUCCUCUUCUCCUCUGUCCUAUUUCCUACCUUGCAAGACAUCCAUUCACUUCUCGUUUGUUCCCUUUCCUGUUUCCAAACAAGCCCUCUGUGAACAUCAUCAAAGCACGGAUACCCCUAUCUGCAGAGAUGGGCUUUGGUCUUCGCUGGUCCGUGUCCUUCCUGGGCACGGGGUGAAAGCUGUGAAGUGGUGGGGGCGCAGCUAGCUACAGUUUUUCCUUUUCCCCAUCUUAGUUUGAUGGAGUCUAAACUGCAAACCCAAAUUCUGCAAAAAAAAUCAAAUAAGCCACAAAACUCGAAGGCUGCACCCCAUUCUGAAGAAGGCACAAGUGCCCCAGGGAGUCCUGCCUUACGUCUCCUGGACUGGCUUCCUCUUUGAGAAGAUGCACAAGGCUCUGGGGGAGAGCAGAUAUCAAGAUGGCCUGGAGCUGUGUCUCACACCAGUGGUACCAGAGAGGCUGCAGGGCUGUCUGCUUUUCAGGGUCCGGACUCCAUCAAAGACUUUCUGGAUUCAGCCAUUAAGGACGUCUGUGGCAUGAGGUGCACCUUUGCAAAUGUGUAUGAGGCCAGUUGUUUGGAGUCUUGGAAAACACCCUUGGAAGGCUGCGCUCCAGAAUGUAGCCGGCUCUGCUAAGGCCUGAGAUGUCUGUUUGCAUCUAUCUCACACAAAGAAAGAUCUUUGUGGUGAGAUCAUCAGUGUGUCCGUGCGGAGUUUUAAGACGCUCUGGAAGGUACUGCCACUUUUAAAGGAAGUGCCUUGGCUGUGGCAGUAGUGGCAGCUCCGAUAACUGAAAACACCUACAGCCUACAGCCUAGAGGCUGCAGAGAGCGCUACUGGAAAGACGUUUACACGAGUCAGGCAGAGAGCAGCCACUGUCACUACUGACCUGGGGGGGGGGUCUUUGCCAUCUCAUUCAGGGUCCUCUGAAAGUCAUCCAGGGUUCUCAUCUCCUUCCCUAGAGCUUGAAGUAUAAAGUGACAGCUAGUGUUCUCUCUCUCUCUCUCUCUCUCUCUCUCUCUCUCUCUCUCUCUCUCCCUCUCUCUCUCUCUCUCUCUCUCCUUUCCCCUUCCCUUCCCCCUCCUCACCUCUGCCCCUUCCUGGUUUAAAAAAAAAAAGGUGCUUGAUGAGGCAGCAGACUUCUCAGGCCUGAAGCACCGUGGCUACCAAAUACCUGCACUGGAAAAGGUGGACUCUACAUCUUCCAUCGGUGGCCAAGGUAGUAUGGGUGUCUGUUCCCAGCACAUAGUAGGUGCUUGGUAAAAUAUCUGCGGUACUGAAUGAUGAGCACAGGUGCCCGGGUCAGAGAGCUGAAAGCCAUCACCCAAUGACUGCCCCUUCAUUCGGGUCUCUAACAGCUCUCAGAGCUGGGUCAGCCACUCCGCUGCUUGCUCCAGGCAGUAGCGCGGGAGAGGAGAGCCAGAGAAGGGCAGAUGUCAGCAAUACUAAGGGCUUCCUCCUGGGAGGGAAUGAGGUCCCACUCAUUGUCUGGUGACGUCCAUCCCUGCUGAACGGGGGCUGCACGGCCAAGGCUCCUUAAGGGAGGUCCUUACCUCCGACCCAGUUAGAGCAAUAACCACUUUUUAAAUGUAAAAUAAAGACAAAUGAAAAGGCA